AUGGUGGUCACACGGAUCUCACGUAAAAUUAUUGUAAAUGAUUUAAAAAUAAAAUUAAGCAAAAUACCCAAUGACCGAUGUGAUAAUGGCAAUAAUAUUAAUGAUUAUAAUAUUAUGACGUAUAAAGGCUCGUCCACACUAUGCCAUAUGGCUUUGCCAAAUGGCAUUGCCAAGGGUGAUGUGGACUUUUUGUUGGCACAGGCCAUUUGGCAAAGUUUUGCCAACUGGCAUGCCAAGCCGUAUCCGUCGACUGUCGGUCAGGAUCAAAGAAAGCCAAAUGGCAAAAUGAAUAUAUGGCAUAUAUCGGCAUAG